ACGUUACUGUUUUUUAAAAGUUGGCCGUUAGUCAGCCGUUAGUCAGCCGUUAGUCAGCCGUUGGUUAGCUGGCUCGGCUAACUAACGGUCACGACAGGUAACGUGAUAAAUCUGCAUAUAAUUAACUGUAGGUUUUUCCAAACAUGGCUUACUGGAUGUGCUGCAACUCCUGCUUCCUCCCUCCCAGCGCUGCUGACAGAAAGCUGGCCGUCACGUCCUGUGGGCAUGUUGUCUGCAGCGUGUGUUAUCAGAGAGGCAAAGAAGGCAAGUGUUUAAUAUGCAAUGCCAAUUGCCAAGUCUCACCUCUCUCUGACAAAAGCAGCUCAGAGGUGAAGGCCCUGUUCUCCGACAUCAACGUUGUAGCGACCAAACAUCUCACGGAAAUAAGCAAAGUUAUAAUGUUCCAGGCAAGACAUCAAAAAAGACUGCUAACUUACUACCAGCAAAGGAAUGAAAAACUAGAGGACGACAUGAAGCAGAUGACAAGGAAGCUGAAUGAACAGAGCGCCUACAUUGCAAAGCUGGAAAUGUCUCUUAAGCAUCAGAGCGCCAAAGUUUCAGCAGUGCCUCAGAUGAGCCACAGCUCCCACACCUCACAUGGACAUAAAUCCGUGCUACAGAUCCCGUAUAACUCCCCCUUGUCCCUCUCAAGACACUCCUCAACCACUAAUGUCACUGAAAACAUGGAGGUGGAUGAACGGGGUCUGUACAGGAAUCCUCACACUGUCCCCAGACUGUCGUUAAUCAGUCCUCCACAGAAUGGACGAAUGGGCACCGUCCCUCACAGGUCGUCCAAUCAGAGCACGCUGCCCAACCAUUCAGCUCGCUCUGCCACGGUCAGUCGUUUUCAAGGACUCCCGGUGACCCCUGAUAUUCCAUACGGUCAGACCUCUGGAUGGAAGUCUCCCAUCUACAGAUCUCCAUCCUCCUCCUCCUCCUUCAGACACUCCAUGGUGUUUCCUUCAGGUCCUCCCUCGUGUAGCCCCCUCCUCCUUCACAAACACACAAGUCAGGAAGCCUUUAGAGCAAACGCACCUGGCCACUGACGUGUACAUAGAGGUAUUUAAGUCUCUGACAACCUAAAAGUUAAAUGUACCAGGAGGUAUCACACUGUACACUGAUGACUAACGUCAGGAUCUGUAAAUUUCAGCUGGAUUGCUGUUGAAUUAAAUCUGCUUUACAGUAGCUUAAAUUUCAUCGUU